GUGAUCCAGAAUUGAGGUCACCGGAGAAAUCGAAUGAAGAAGCAGCGAAGCAGUUGAUAAAUUGGGAUGAUCUUGCAUUGGACAAAACAGAAGUGCCUUUGGUCUUAGUUUUUGCUAUACUUCUUUUUUAUAUUGCCUUUGGUGGUCUUCUAUUUGCUUUCUUUGAACCAUGGACUUAUACGGACGCAUUUUAUUUUUGUUUUGUUUCGCUUACGACAAUUGGAUUUGGUGAUCUUGUGCCUGAAAGUCAAGAGUAUACGCUUAUUUUGCUUGAAUUAAAACUUUUAAAACUUUAA